UUCGACGACAACAGACUACACCCACUCCCACUCAGAUGUUGUGUGGCAGUGGGAUCUAGCUGGGGUCAGACCUACAGUCUAUGGGUCAGACAUGAGUCAGUUCCUGGGACGUCAGGACUGUAUCGAGAGCCUCCGGGGAGACCUGGUGGAUCUUCAGGGAGCCAUCUUGGACGUGUUCUCCAGGACCGGCCCGCUGCGCGUCCCCUCCUGGAAGUUCCCCGACAAACUCUCCUGUAACCUGGACAUGGUGGCUCUGCUGGGCCAGUAUGACUUUGUGGAGGGGGAGAGUGAAUUCAACCAGCACUCCCAUAUUGUCUUACUGGAGCUUGUGAUUGACAGAUUACUGCUUCUUCUACAAAGCUCCAGUUCUUAUGUUGAGCAGUUGAGGUGCAGCCCCAGGAGAGAACAAACGCAGCAGAAAGGAGGCCUGUCAGUUGGUCUCGUGGUCAGAAACUACUGGAGUAAUUUAGUUGAUUUUGCCAGCCUCACGGGCAGCAAGAAACAGGCAAAACCAAAGACAUUUGACUGUGAUGAGACAGAGACUGUGUCGUGUGCUUCCCCCCAGGUGAGAUCAAGGAGUGACAGCUGCCGACAUUGCUCAUCUGCCUGGUCUUCAUCCAGCUCCUUCAAGUUUUUGCCGCAGAACCAUGCACCCUCUAGUCCUUCCCACAACACCCCAUGCUGUCCUAAAACGGACAGUCGCAGUGUGGGCUGUCAGACAGUGGAAUUGUCUCUCUCUCCCUGCGACGCCUGUCAUCAGGUGCAGUCCACCUUGAGAAAGACAGGAUAUGCUUUGGUGGAACUGUUUCAGAGUGAGGGCCUUCCGUCCUCUCUGCAGCCACUGUUGGCUGCUGUGGAGGACACCUUGCAGCUUGGACACAUGACAACAGGGGAUGUUGCCCAAUGGGCCAAUGAGCAACUCAGGGACCUGCGCCGGCUGGAGAAACAUCUGCAAGAUGUGCGGGCUACAGUCCACCCUCUUAGGGAUAGAUUAGCAGCAGCAGAGACAGAGCGGGAUAAAUUCCGAACUCAGUUGGAAAGAGCACGGAAAGACUUCAAGCAGGAGACAGAGAAACGCCAGGCAACCAUUGUCCAGCUGGAGUUCUCACUUAGCAAAGCACAGAGGUCCAUGAAGGAAACAGAGACAAAGUUGCAAGAGGAGAAACAACAACUCAAGAGAGAAACUUUGUCGCAGGAAGAUGCAUUGCAAGCACUUGAAUGUGAGAAGAUUGCACUGCAGGAAAAAGUGAAGUCCUUGUACUUGGAGGAAGAGGCCUGUUGUAAACUACAAAACAGGAUCCAGCAACUAGAGAGUGACAUCUCUGAAACGCAAGUUCUUCUUGACAAGGAGAAAGCCAAGUACCACAGCGCUUGUCGCCAGCAAGAGUCAAUGCAGGCGAAGCAGAAGUCUUUAUUGGAGAGAGUGGAUGACCUCGAUGAAGAGUGUGAAGAGCUGCAGAGGCAGUUGGGAGAUGAAGAGGAGAGACAGAAUCACCUACACAAUGAGCUGCAACAGAUGUCAGAGGAGAAGGAGCAACUGCAGACUCAGCUAACACAACAGCAGGUCUCGGGUUUUGACCUUCAAAAGGAGAAGGAGACGGUGGAAACAAACAUGGGCGAACUAGAGAAGAGCGUGGUUGAGCUGAAGGAACAUGUGCAAGUUCUAUUGGAGAGGGAGAAGCUGUUGGUGUCUUUUCCAGAGCUCAGCGCCCAAGUGCAGGCCCAACCACAGAGUACAGGAAAUGUGCUUUUGGACAUGGAGAAACAAAUGCAGGCUAAUUGUGUUCGCAUAAAAGUUCUGGAGCAGGAAAAUGCUACCCUACACAGCAGCCUGGACAAACUGAGGGAGAGAGCUCAUUUUGUUUCGAGGGUAGGAUGAAUGGAAAUUCAAAAUAAUGAUCUGACACCAAUCUAACAGUUCACUGCACAGCAGUGCAGCACGGCUGGGACGCAGUAACACGGGGAGGGAACCAAAUAUACAUGUUUGGUUCCCUCCCCCUAUGUAUGGAAGGUAGAUAAUGUCAACUUAAUUUGGCUUCUUCUUUCUCUUCUUUUUUAUAAGAAACAGACCAAUACACAAGAUGACAAUUUUUAGGAUAUAAUUGUGUUGCAACUUAUCACCUAACGAACACUAUUUGGUUGGUCACGCAUUAUAUUGUUCUAUAUUGUGACUGAUGUGUCAACAUGUUAAUAAACAUCCCAUGAGGUCAGAUAUUAGAGAAUAGGCCUCACUCAUAUGAUACAUCAGAAAAAGGGGUUUAGAUCGAAUUCGAAAUGCAAUCUCUGAAUUGAAUGUAUUUGCUAAAUACAAAUAAAAA